AUGCCCAAAGCUCUCACCCCUCCUCCGGCGUUCACCCCCCUUAGGGACACCAUACUUUUCACACCUCUUAAUCUUGGUGCUUAUACUUUGGCACAUCGAGUUGUUCAGGCUCCCUUAACCCGCAUGAGAGCUGAAAAGGAGAGUCAUGGCGUUCAUGUUCCUGCAUCCCGUGCUGUGGAGUACUACAGCCAGCGGGCCACCAAGGGUGGACUUCAGAUCACUGAAGCCACCGACAUCUGCUUAGAUGCUUCAGCAUACCCCGGCACCCCUGGUAUCUUCACGGCGUCUCAGAUCGCUGCAUGGAGGAAAGUGACUGAUGCCGUCCAUGCAAAGGGGGGGUACAUCUUCUGUCAAAUUUGGCACACUGGUCGAGCAUCAGGGCCCGGCAUGCUUAACAGCAAAGUUUCCCUGAGCUCUACAUCGCAGCCCAUGCAAGGCAAAUACCUCGACGGCACUGACUGCGCCGAGAAUCCGCCUCGACCUAUGACAGUAGAAGAGAUUCAAGCGACUACUGCCGAGUUUGCUGCCGCCGCAAAGCGGGCGGUGGAAGCUGGAUUCGAUGGAGUAGAAAUUCAUAGCGCCAACGGAUACCUUCUUGAACAAUUCCUCCACGACAACAUCAAUACGAGGACCGACGCUUACGGAGGCUCAGUUGAGAAUAGAUGUAGAUUCACAUUAGAAGUCAUCAAGGCUGUAACCGACGCAAUCGGAGCUGGCAAGACGGGUAUCCGUCUCUCCCCGUACAAUUACUUCCAAGAUACUAAGGAUAGCGACCCCAAUGCUCACUGGGCAUACCUAAGUGAGCAAAUCGCAGGCCUGUCGGAAGCACAGCGACCUAGUUAUGUGCACAUGGUGGAGCCAAGAUUCGAUGAAGUACUAGAUGAGGACCAGAAGCUUGCUGAGUUGUCGAAAUACACAUCUUCUGAGAGUGGACCAGCCAAGAAGAAGAAUUCUUUGACUCCCUUCCGGAAGAUUCUUCAGUCCGCAGGCAUCAAGUUUCUGGCAGCUGGGGCUUUCACACGGGAUAACUCAGUUCCCAAGCUAGAGGAUGAUCUUGCGGACUCGAUUGUCAUGGGACGUUGGUUUAUCUCUAACCCCGACCUGAUUGAAAGGCUUAGGAACGGGUGGCCCCUGAACGAGUAUGACCGAAGCACAUUCUACGGCGCCAGCCCGCCAGAAAAGGGCUAUACGGAUUAUCCCGUCUUUGAUGAGAAGACUGUCGGUAACAUCACGGCUUAG